AUGCCAUGUAUGUAUUUCUCAGGGGAAGAGAGCAAGGAAAUAGCUUUCGAUGAUCCUGCCAGUGAGUGCAUCAGGAUAAAUCCAGCACUUUUUACAAAGGUACAGAAUGAUAAUGAGCAAAAUGCCCGAGUCUUAUUAGACACUCAUUUAUUAAGGAUCCGUAGUUAUAUACCAGAAGAUGAACUAUCUCUGGAGAAAAUAGAAAGAAUAGUACCCAAGAGUGAUGCGUCAGUAUCGGUUGAAACAAGAGCAUCCAUACCACUCCUUAAUUUUGUAACUAAUCUAAUGACUACAGCAGACUUCAAGGAGAUGAAUUCUGAUGAAUUCAAAACUAGCUACCUCGCUCCACUUGACAAUGCUCUUAAGGGUUCUGAUAUCAAAGCUCCAUUGUUAUCACAGACGUAUAGAUAUCCAUUCGGUGCUACAAAUGUGGAAGGUGAUAUUCAGGAAUAUUUUGAAACAGAAAUAGCUCGAACGCUACAUUACUUUUUUUGCGACAUUAGUGGUAUGGAUCACUAUUUUGGGAGGCCAUCUAUUGUAAGACCUCCUUUAGACAGAAGACGUAUAAUAAAGCCGGAUGUCAUUCAUCUUGCGAUGUCCGAUCUGUCUCCUAAUCGGCGGUAUCCCGAAGUCUGCUUUGGAAUAGGUGAAUACAAAAAGAAGAAUUAUUAUCCAGCACGAGGGUUUGAAGAAUUGAAAGCAACGUUAAAAGAAUAUAAUAAGAGCUUAUCAGACCAGAGAAACUUGAGACUGCACUCGACGCAUACUAUAUUUCAAGACCGAGAAUGGACUCCCAGAGUGGUAUGCGCUUUGGUGCUAAGGAAGUAUAUUUAUCAAGCUUUCCUCUGUGGAACAGAUAGGGUAUUCAUUUCAGACCAUCAAUCUUUUUCUGGAUUUUUCAGGUAUAAUAUUGCAAACGACGGAAGUAUGGUAAUAAACUACUACGUUAUUAACGAUCCUGAGACUGUGGAACAUGGGAUCACUUUAAGGUCUGCAAUUGCAGGAUUUUUCUACGAGGAGAGAAAAGAGGCACUUGAUACAAAGGAGCGACUAGCUAAAGUGCUUGAGGUAGGGACUAAAACAAAAGGGACUGACCCAUUUGAUAACAUAGUUCCCAGACCUGUGGAAGAACCGUCCCAGGGUCGUAAACGUAGUAAACUAUCUGGAAGCGAACUCAGUCGUGAAUUGAAAUCAAUUGAAGAAAAUAUCGAUUACGAUGAUUUUGAAGAAAUCUAUGGUAAUACAUACUGUCGCAUAGUCUAUGAUGCAAGCAAAUGCUACCCAGGUCUCGGAUCGAUACUUCCAACUGAUGUUGGUAAAAUCUCCUUAAUAGACUUUGGAUUAUCGAUUUUCCCAUGUACAGAAAAAUGUAAAAGCAGAGAUUUUGAGGCAUUGGAUGAAACCUUCAAAGUAUAUUUACGCAAUAGCCAAGAUUGUAAUCAAGAUUAUCCAGGCAGUCAAGAAGGAGAUACGCUUUCUGAUAAAAGAGUUACAAAAGGCAAUAAUGGAGUAAGUUCUUUUGAUGGUGUAGUCUCUGAAGAAACAAGCUCUCAAAGUACAGGAUUUAUAACGGAAGAUUUUAUCUCGGAAGGGGCGAUGAUAAAUAACGGAUCCUAA